CUUGAAAAUUAAUUGGUUGUCAAGUAUCCGUACAUGAUAUACACUUCGACUUAUCCCUUCAUGAACAUAUAAUUAGACUAUCAUUUGAUCAGGUGCUUGCCUUGUAGGUAUUGAGUUAAGAUGAGCACUUCUUGAAAACAGUUAUGAGUUAUAUAAGAAACUUGGCCCUAUGAGAAAGAGCUCUAAAGCCGGACCUCCGGGGGUGGGCGGAUAUCCGAGAUGGAAGUUUUUUGCGGUGGCUUACCUAGAGCUUAAUGAACGAUUGACGAUGAAAUAUUGUUAUUUAAUUACUUAAAGCAUUCAUCUCAUCAUGAGAAUACUCUGCCUUCACCCUGAUAGCCAGAAUAAGGCAAUUUUGAAAUCAGAAUUAGCUUCGUUAUUACUAAAGUUGCAAUAUUCAAACCCAGACCUCCUAUUUGAAUUUGUCAACGGUCCUUUACAAUAUUCAAGCUUACCAGCAGAAAAGUCGUCACCCCAUGAGGUACAUCGCUAUAAGUUCUAUGAGGCUGAAGAAGUCGAAGAUAUUCGUAAAGCUGGCGAGUGGCUAGCUAACAAGUUGGACAAUGACGGACCCUACGAUGGCAUUUUAGCAGUUUCUCAAAGCGCCGCUGUUGUUUCUAGCUUCUUAUUAUACCGGCAGUGGUAUGAUCAUGAGUUACCGCCAGCUUUCAAAUUUGCUAUUUUUAUCAACGGUGGCAUUCCGCUCAAGAUUCUAAAGGACCUCGGAGUGCCCGUCUCAAACGAGGCAGAAGGCGUGGUAGCGGAAGCAAAAUUCCAGCGAAACCGAGGGCUUGGUCCUUUACCAACUCAUACGACCAAGGCGCGCCGGGCAGUGUUCAACUCGGACGAUUGCUUUGGGCUAAACCUGAACAAAAUUCCGUUGGAGUUGAAAAUAAGAAUACCGACCGUACACGUAUGGGGUGAGAAUGACCCUUUGUUUCCGACUUCAGUUCAACUCACGGGGCUCUGCGACCCAUAUAUUAGGAAGAUACAAAUACAUAAAGGGUCUCACGAAAUGCCCCGCGAUGAGGAAGGAUUAUCGGAGUUGGUAUCACUGAUUGAGUGGUGCAUCCAGCGUGCGACAUGGCCUGGUCAAAUGCAACUGUAGAAUUUACUGAUCGGGAUUGAGAUGAUGGCGAAAUUGCAUACAAUACUUUUAUAGCACUUCAUAAUUGAUUUGACGGAAUAACGGUGUUGCAUACAUAAAA